AUGGAUCCUCGGGAAAUUGUGACUGUGGACGAGGCGAUGGCACGGACUGUAUGGAGUAGACGGGCGGCUGCGAGAAAAGCUGCUGGUUUUGCUUCUGCUUCUGCUACUGCUUCUGCUGCUGCUGCUGCUGCUGUUGCUGUUGCUGGUGGUUCUGGUGCAAGAGCUAUUGGUGCUGGUGAUGGGGUUGGUGCUGUCGUUGCUACUGGCGCUUCAGAUUCUGCGGAUCAGCAGCUUCCAAUCAAGUGCCAUGGCGGGAAGCUCAUGACUCGGCCAAUCACGGUGUAUGUAAUCUUCUAUGGCUCAUGGCGCAAGAGCCAGAUGCGCAUCGUGAAGAACUUCAUCCAUUCGCUCUCUAAUACGACGACGACGCCCAGUGAAGAGAAUCUUGCAAGAGUGGCGGAUUGGUGGAGGAUCAACACGUGGUACACUCAGAAAGGCAGGAAACGAGUGACCUCCCAGGUUCGCCUGGGAGGGUCAGUGCGGGACAGGUACUCUCUGGGGAAGGACGUAUCUAACGACAUGCAAGGAGUAUGGAACAUUUUAUCCUUUCUCACUCUUAUCUCUAAUCCCGUGUUUGUACCAUUUCCAACCUCCUUCCCGUAUGUUAUUAUCUUCCACCCAAGCCCGCUCACAGUUGUUGCUGCUCAGCUGGCCAACCGAACCUUCCCCCGAUCCUCUCGAGCCCAGUACCUCGUCCUCUCCAGCGCGGACGUCAGGUUCGGAUCCUCUCGACCCAACUCCGGCUUCUGCCGAACCUACUGCGGGUGGCACUCGUACGCGGAAGUCUCCCGGAAGAUUCUCAAAUUCGCAUUCGUGGGGAACGCGGAGGAGCAGUGUCCCAGUGGGUGCAGGAGAGGGUUUGGGAUGCGGGGGAGUGCGAAUGGGUGGAGAGGGGUGGACGGCAUGGUGAGCAUUGUGGGGCAUGAGAUUGCAGAAGCGGCCACGAAUCCUGUGUUCACCCGAGGAUGGUUUGAUGACGAAGGGCAGGAGAAUGCUGACAAGUGCCAGGUUGACUUCGGCCCUUCCAGCAGCAUAAGGACAGUGGGGGACAGGUAUGCCUACAACAUGGUGGGGCAGGGCGGCAUGCGCUGGCUUAUCCAGUCAAACUGGCGGCCGGGCGGCGAGGACGCAGGGUGCGUGUUGCGGGGUCCGAGUGAGAGCGAGGUGGCGGAGUGGGCGAGGGAAGAGAGAGCGAGAAACAACAGGAAACGGGGGAGGAGGAAGAGGAAGAGGGUGAGCGUGCGUGGGUCCUUAGCAGGGAGUCCAGAUACGGUGUAUGUGAGCAGCGCUGGGUUAUUGAGUGGAGUGGACGACAGGCCUGGCCCUGAGAAGUCAGUUAAGUCUGCUGCUUUGGGUGCGAGGGUUGGGAGAGAGGACAGCAGCAGCACCAUGCACAGUUCUCUUGAGUUAACCCAGACAUCACUUGUGAUUCAAGGGGGAGGCGGGGAGGGAAACGGGUAUGAAGGGUCAGGUGCGGACGGAGUAGAUGGCAGGAGCAGUGGCGGAGACGGCAGCAGCAUCAGCAGAGGGUGGCACAGGCAGGGAUCUCUCGCCAUCACUUCAGUGACCAGCAUGGACCCUCCUCCACCACCCCUGCUCCCACCCCUCUUUCCACACUGCCUGUCUCCCCUCUAUAGCUCCAUCCACGAGUGA